AUGGUUCUCACCUACCAAGCCGGCGGCUUUCUGGCUUGUUUUCUUUCAUUGCCAUUUGCCGAAAUGCUCGGGCGAAAGAGGUCCCUCAUUCUAUCUGCUCUCCUGUUCGCCAUUGGAGCCUCAAUCCAACUGGUGCCAAACAUCGGCAGCUUCUACUUUGGACGGUUCAUCGCCGGUGUUGGAGUAGGUCCACUGACGGUUGUGGGCCCUUUGUACUUGUCUGAGGUGUCUCCUGCCCCCAUACGUGGUCGAUGCGUGGGCUUCUUUGAAAUCGCGUAUCAACUGGCGGGAAUGCUGGGCUUUUGGAUCAAUUACGGGGUGGGGCUACACAUGUCUCCAGAGUCUGACGCACAGUGGCGCAUACCUGUGGCCAUCCAACUUGUCCUUGUUGGUCUGUUCCUUUGCGGAAGUGUCCUUUUGUGCGAAUCACCUCGGUUUCUGAUCAAGCAAGACGCCCAAGAGGAGGCGAGAAAGGUGCUCACACGACUUCGGCGUUUGCGCCCUGAUGACGAAUACAUUACUCGCGAGAUGCACGAUAUCCAGGCUGAACUCCAGCUAGAGCGUCACUUGCUUGGAAUCGACCCAACCCUGUCAAGGUGGCAGAAUACACGGCGACGGCUCGCGGAAUGUGUUCGACCGCAAAUCAUGCGCCGGAUCUCCUGUGGAAUGCUGUGUCAGCUGGUGGCGAAUCUCUCUGGCAUCAAUGGGAUCAAUUACUACUCACCGACAAUCUUCAAGACACUGGGCGUCGUCGGAACCAACACCGGCCUGUUUGCCACUGGCGUCUAUGGCUGCGUCAAGUUCAUCACGUCCAUCAUCAGCCUUUUUUGGCUGGUUGACCGCUUGGGGCGCCGCUUCCUCCUACUCUCCGGCACGGCGGUCCUCGUCUUUUCACUGUUCUUCGUCGGCUCGUACGUGAAAAUCGCCGACCCUGUCGCCCCGGCUGACGGUGCCGCCAAAUCCAUCUCUGGAGGCGGCAUAGCUGCCUGCGCCUUCAUCUACAUUUACGUCAUUGGCUACGUGACUGCGUACGGCGGUGUACCCUACAUCUUGUCUUCUGAAGCUGUACCGCUAAACGUGCGGGCCAUCAGCAGCGCAUUGGGGGCUGGUACGCUAUGGCUGACUGCCAUCGCCAUUACCAAGGCUACCCCUUACAUGAUCACCAACAUUCGUUAUGGAGUGUUUUAUUUCUUCGGCUCCUGCAGCUUUCUGGGUGCGAUUGCAAUUUAUUUCUGGAUCCCAGAAACUCGGGGUGUGCCCCUGGAACACAUGGCGACAGUGUUCGGGUAUGAGGACGAGGUUGGCCCAAAGCAGAUCCAUAUCACCGAAAUCAAGUCAGUUGCAGAUCAUGGACAAGUAGUGGAGAUUGAAGAAACCGCCAUGGGCCAUUGA